AUGGAGACCACACUACAUCCUGUGCAGCAAAAGCAUGAGGGGGUCUUUGUUCUGCUGGUCAAAGACAACUCUCCAGCAGCGCUGGUGGGGCUGCGCAUCGGGGAGCAGAUCCUCCAAAUUGACGGGAAGGACUGCGCUAAAUGGAGCGCGUACAAGGCAAAGAAGGCACUGAAGAAGGCGCCCUCGGAGAAAAUCAUCGUCGUCGUCCGAGAGAGGCCUUUCCAGCGCACAGUGACCUUGCACAGGGAUGGCACCGGCCACUUGGGCUUUGUGGUCAAGAAAGGGAAGGUCGCCUCAAUCACGGAAGGCAGCCCCGCGGCUUGGAACGGGCUCCUCACCGGCCACUACAUCUGCGAGGUCAACGGCCAGAACGUCAUGGGCCUCAAGGACAAGAAGAUCAUCAACAUCCUGACCGACGCCGUUGACGCUGUGACCCUCACCAUCAUCCCGGUGGUGAUCUAUGAGCACAUGGUCAGAAAGUUACGUGACGAUUCGUCCGAUGAGUCCACGACGAGUUUCUCACCUUUCAUGGAUAGCUCCUCAACCGCUGGGUUUGAUUCUGACUGCGUGCACUCCGGGGGCUUUUCUGGCUGCUCCCAUGACUUCUGAAAGCAUCUACGGAUCGCUCAGUCGCUGAUGUUUAAAACUGUAGAAGAUUUUCACACAUAGCCCUUCUCCCGUAUGGCGCGAAACACCACCAGUUACACCACCGGAAUGACGUCAAGAACUGGCGCUUCUCUUCGGAGAAUAUUUAGAGGCAAAGAGAGACCCACCCAAAUCCUUAAUGCUUUUAUUGACUCCUUGCAGAGUUGUGUGUCAAGGUAUACAAAUAUCAUUCCCUUUUCUGGUGACUCUUAAUAGAACCUCAAUUCCCAAGAUGGCAGCAGCAGCAGAAGAGUUUGGAUUUAUAUCCCCCUCCCUUCCUCUCCUGUAAGGAGACUCAAAGGGGCUUGCAAUCUCCUUUCCCUCCCCCCUCCCCCUCACAACAAACAC